CAACACCAAAUUCAGCUUCAGGCCUCUCUCCCCUCUGUCUCUCUCCCAACGCCCUCUGUCAAUCUAUAUAUCCUGCUGCUUAAUUUCUGCCAAACAUGGUUAUACUAGAAAAGAGUCCUCAAGCAGCCAUGAAUGCAAGAAUAAUUGGCUCUGGCAGUGAGACCAUGGUUCUUUCACAUGGGUUUGGACUAGACCAAUCUGUCUGGGACAAAAUCCUUCCUUACUUGACACAGCAUUACCAGGUUGUCGUUUUUGACUGGCUCUUUUCAGGAGCUGUAAAAGAUCCCAACCUCUUUGAUCCUUUGAAAUACUCUUCCUAUGAUGCCUUUGCUAGUGACUUAAUAGCUCUUAUGGAUGAGCUUGACUUGAAAUCCUCAGUCUUUGUUGGUCACUCCAUGUCUGGUAUGAUAGGAUGCAUUGCUUCCAUUAAAAGACCUGAACUUUUUAACAGGCUCGUACUCGUUGGAGCUUCUCCUAGGUACAUUAAUAUAGAUGAUUAUGAAGGUGGAUUUGAGGCUGCAGCUAUUGACAGCCUCCUCUCAGACGUAGAAUGCAACUAUCAGAAUUGGACUUCGAGUUUUCCUACUCUUGUUGUGGACAACAACGAUCCCCUCUCCGUUGAAAAAGUUGCCAAAUGCUUGAAGAGGAUGAAACACGAAUUUGCACUCCCCUUAGCAAAAACAGUGUUUCGAUCUGAUGAGAGGGAUAUUCUCGACAAGGUUACCACCCCAUGCACCAUCAUUCAGACCACCAGUGACUUUGUUGUGCCAGGCUCAGUUGCCUACUACAUGCAGAAGAAGAUCAAAGGGAAAUCAACUGUGGAGUUUGUCAAGGCUGACGGCCAUUUCCCACAGUUGACUGCACAUCUUGAGUUCCUUGAUGUGCUAGGUGGAGUUUUAGGCUUUGAGAUUUGAUCAUAAAGAAGAUAAGGUCAGAAAUAAUUGCCCAUUGCCCCGAUUGGGAUAUAGUGUUGUGUAUUUAAGACUUCAUGGGAUGUAGGGAAGAAGGUGGUUGGCCUGUAAAAUCUAGUCUUCUAUCAGUAAUGUUAGGUUUGCUUCUUUUUUUCUAGUUUUGGUACCUUUGGACUGAACCUUUUUUAUCAGCAUUCUACUUAGGAAGCAAUUGUGAUUGUCUUGAUAUGGUUGAACAUA